AAAGAAUGGAUAGACUUCCUUUUCUCAUUCUAAUCUUCCUUAACUCUACCGGCUUUAUAAAUACUUAAGUAGAUAAUAGAUAUUCUAGCUAUAGUAUUAUUAGCAAGAGAAUGUACUAGAAGCUCGGAAUCGAGUAGAUUAGUUUGCCUACUAUAUAUACCCUUAGGACUAUAACUAGGCUAUAACAGGACUAGAAGAUUACUUGGAUAGCCUGUAUUACGAUAGAUAUCGAUGGCUAGGAGAGUUAGGCCGCGUUUUAUAUAGUCCUAGGACUUGUAUAUAACAUUAUACUAGGUCUUCUAUAGAUAAAAUACUAGGAGGUUAGAUUAGAUAUAUAUAUAGGCAUUCUUAAAAUCAGGAUAUAACUAGGAUUACUUAUCUAUAAGAUCUCUUUAUAAAUAAGAUAGAUAGGAAUCUCCCAAAUUAUAGGUAUAGUCUUUAUAAGCAUAGUUUAAAGGGUAUAGAAAAAGAAGACUUCCGACACCUUCCUAGUUACUAGUAUCUAGGAAAUAAUAACUAUUCUAGAAUCAAGAUACCAAUUUGACAGAGAAAAUAUAGGGAAUAGGGGUACCUAACUAGGGCCUAGUAUAGAGUCAGAGGUUACCUUACUAGACGAACUUCGUAACUUUGCCGACCUCUUUAACAAGGAGAAAGCUAGCAGACUUCCCCCAUAUUAUAGCGCGGCCAAUCAUUACAUCAAAUUAAAGGAGGGCCUAGACAGAAAGAUCCUUAAACUCCCUUAGGGACCUCUCUACAACAUGCUAUAGGAUCAUUUAUUAGAAGUCCAAAAGCAAGUCGUUAACUUACUAGAUAAGGGAUAGAUCUAAGCUAGCUUCUCUUCGGCCGCUGCCCCUAUCCUCUUAGUAAAGAAAGCAGAUAGAGGUUAAAGGUUCUAUAUUAACUAUCAAGCGCUAAACAAGAUUAUAAGGUAAGACCGAUACCCCCUCCUGCUUAUUAAGGAAACGCUUCGCUCCCUAGCCGGAGCUAAGUGGUUUAUAAAGUUAGAUAUCUAGGCAGCCUUCUACUAUAUCCGGAUUAUAGAGGGCUACGAACAUUUGAUAGCAUUCUAGACCUGGUUUGGCCUCUUUAAGUGGCUUAUCUAUCCCUUUAGACUUAUAGGUAUACCUGUAAUCUUCUAAUAAUAUAUUAAUAACGCUCUUGGUCUAAUGCUUAGAGACUUUAUAACGGUAUAUCUUAAUAAUAUCUUAGUUUAUACUUCGGGUAGUAGGAAAGAUUAUAUAAGACUUAUACUAGACCUUAAGAAGUACGCGUUUACUAUAAAAGAAGUCAAAUACCUUAGCUAUAUUAUAAAGGUAGGG